AUGGUUAUAAAAGAUAUUAUGGAUCAAAAAAAAGUGUAUGAUGGGCCACAAGUACUUCACCUCGUUUGUCCUUUGCCACAGUCUAGUCCUCCUGAGUUGCGGCACCGUCAGAUUCCAAAUGCGUCUGGUCAAUCGAAUCCCUCGAAUGUAGCGGCCACCUCUGCACAGCCUUCUAUAGCUUCUGUCCCAGACUGGACGACAAACUAUUACGAGUGGUACCAACGUUAUUAUGGGUCAACUGGUCCUAGCCCUGAACAAAUAGCACGACUGCAACAGUACUCUGGUUACUAUGCCGCUUACAUGAAUCAGUGGCAAGGUUAUCAUAACUUCAUGAUGGGUCACAUGGGAUAUGGCGCACUCUUUGCUCAAGGAAUGGGCGCUAGUGAGUCCGCCGCACAUGCCAUGCAUAUCAAUGUUGCACAGGUUGCAAAUCAGGGUGGACAAGCCCACGCUGCAGCUCCUCCUCAGGAUGAUGUUAAUGUAGCUGCUGCAGCUGAACAGAUUCCGGGUGAACCAAUGUUGCCGCCGUUCCAGGAGGUGGACGUGACGUUAUUGGACAUUGUGUACAAAGUUUUCCGAGUGCUUCUCUUCCUCUCGGCGGUAUUGCUUUACUCUUCCCUUGAACGCUUCCUUGCUGUGGUAACCAUCGCCCUAUUUAUUUUCUUCAUUCAACUGAGGAGAAAUCAUCAAAGGCAAGCUCGUAUGGCAGAGCCAGUUGAGCCGAAUGUUAAUAACAACAACACAGGGGAACAGUCCCACGACACAGCAGAAAACGCUCAGACGGGUUUCGUUGCGCCGACACCUCCGAGUACUCUUCAAGUAUUCUUCGCUACAUGUUACUCGUUCGUCACGUCAUUCUUCACGUCGCUGGUUCCUGAUCACCCUGUUCCUGUCGAUUUGAAUUAG